AUGUCUGUGCUGCCCAACAAUCAUUCAGCCUUAUCUCAAGAAACCCAUGAUGCCAAAGCAAUUAGUGGGUCAAAGAUGCCAUCUGCACAUACAGAGCCAACACCUGGAAGUUCCUCUUCCAAAACUGGGAUGGAAACUCAGCUUUCGCUGUCAGAAAAACCAAAAGAGGACGAAGAAAACCCAAUGAAAAAUCCAUUUACAGUUCCUUCAGAUAUUAAUAUUUUCUCAAUAAGAGACAAGGAAAGAAGAAAGGCUAAGGCGGAACGUGAAAGAAUGAAGACCAUGAAAAUCCACGAGAAAAUGACUUACUCCACUAAAGCCAAAGCAAUGCAAACUGGGUUGAAGAAGGCUCUGCAAAAGGAGGAGGAAGAGGAGGCCAAAAAACAGGCAACAGAUGACGAGAGAUGGAAAAUACUUCAAAAGAGUCUUUCGGGGAAGCUACGCAUUAAAAACGAUUACCCAUUACAAAAAACAACCUUCCGUGACUACAUAAAUGACAAAAGAGAGAUAUUUUACCUUGAGUAUGCCAUGGCAGUAAUGCGAGAUAAGAUGCAAAAGAUGGACAGCAUAGCAGAGAAAGAGGAAAGAAGGCUGAAAAAGGCUCAAAGAGAAAUGGAGAAGGAUGCUGCCACGUUUUAUGAGUUCCAGAAGGAGAAAGUGAAACAGUAUUCUCAAGCCAUAAAAAGUACCAGAAAAGAAAUUGCAGCGCAGGCAGAGAAAACAAGAGAAAUCCAGGAAAUCAACUCCCAAAUAGAGGAUGUCAAAAGUGAUAUACUCAGAAUGAAGAACACUCUGCGGGAGUACAAGCUGUGCAGGGACUUCCUCUACGAACUAUCUCCGAAAGAGUGGCAGGAGAAGCAUGUCAAAAAGGGCACAAAGGGGAAAUAUUUGAACACAUUUCUAUCAACAGGAGACCUAUUUUCAUUGGAGGAUUCAGAAAGCGAAACCAGCUCGGAUGAAGAUGAGGCCCCCAAGUUGUAUUUUACUGAUCCCCAACAAGUGCUGUCUGUUUUAACGGAGAUGGAGGAAAAGAUCUUGUCCUUCAUGCAGAAUUCCCAGGAUACCAAGACAACCGUGGACAAGCUCAUCAUUGAAUAUGAAAACAAGGAGAAGAAGUUUGCAGAGCUGAAACAGCAGGUAGACACCUUCAAAUCCUCCAUGGCCAAGCAAGAAGAGAAAAUAGCAGAUCUGAAGCACAAAGCUGAUGAGCAGGUAUAUCCUGAGAGCAAGGACAAAAUGCUUGAAAGCCUUGAGAAGAAGGUGCGGGAGGUUUAUAGUCACUGCACUGGAGAAAGUGGAGCAGACCUGCAGAUAGAGCAGAUGCUGAUGGUGAUAGAAAAACAGCUCUAUGAUUCACUGGACAAACUGGAGAGAGUCUCACCAGCAAAGUUAAAACCACUUCUGAAAGCCAAACAGAAGGAAUGGAGGCUAAGGCUCAGAGAGGAAAAGCUGAGACAACAGAAGCAGCAGGAAGAGGAAAGACUGAAAAAGAUCCUGGAAAAAUCACUGUCAGCUGUAAAAAUAACAACUGGUAAGAGGACAAUGUUCCGUUCCAAACUACCUGCCCUGAAGAAGCAGCAAAAGCAAAACCAAGAACAAAUGGAGAAGGAAAAGGAAGAACAACUCUACUAUUUUACCUGA